AUGGAGUUGAAUUACACGUUUUCCAUUUUAAUUUCAAUAAUUCUUACAAUUCCCGGCGCGUACAAAGUGUCCGCGUCUAGCGGCUCAAUCGAAUUAGACGAAAUAUCUUUUGACAAAAUUAUAAAUACAUUUUCUGCUUCUCUUGUGAAAUUUGAUGUGGCAUUUCCUUAUGGCGAAAAGCACGAUGCUUUUAUUGCAGUAGCUAAGGAAGCAAAGGACGUAAAGGACCUUGUUAUUGCUGAAGUCGGCGUAAAAGACUAUGGAGAGAAAGAAAAUUCUGAAUUAGCGCAAAAGUACGGCGCUACAAAAGAAAACUUUCCCAUUGUAAAACUGUUUACUAAGGGGAAGAGUGAACCAAUAACCUUCGACGAUUCACAGGGUUUUACUACUGAACAAUUACGCCGUUUUGUAAGGCAAAAUACCGGUAUUUACUUAAACCUUCCGGGAUGUAUAAGAGAGCUUGAUAUGCUUGCCAUUGAGUUUAUGAAGUCUGAUAAGAAAGACAGAAAACAUGUACUUAAAAAAACUGAAGACACUUUAAAAGCACUAACACAGAAUGAAAACACUGGAAAAAUCUACAAGAUCAUAAUGGAGAAAAUAUCAGAGAAAGGUGAUGACUUUGUAAAGACAGAAAAUGAGAGGGUAAAGAAACUUAUCAGUGGAAAGUUAUCAGAUGAAAAGAAGCGAGACAUGGCACUAAGACUGAACAUUUUGCAAUCAUUCCAACUUCAUGAAAUUAAAUAUAAAGAUGAACUGUAG